UUAAAAAUGUGAUUUUUAGUUAAAUUUUAAAAAGAUUGUUCGCUUUUUUUUGUUUUUAUAUAACUAUGCAUUCCUUUUGUCCUAGAUUUGUACUCUUUUUUGUGUCCUUAUUUGUCCGGGAAAGUCCGGGAUUUUACAUCUCGAUAACUAGUUUCGUCAAAAUAUAUCUGGCAACCCUAGAUUGGGGUGGUACCGUGUGUGCGCUGUCAACUCACCAUUGAUUUAGUUUUUGAUAUUAUAUAAUUUUUUUUUUUAACAAACAACCAAAUAAUGGAUAAAAAUGAUAAAAAUUGUUUGACAGUUAAUGAAAUCGUUAGUGAAUCGCAUGGUUUAUGUGCUUUCUUUCGAUAUUGGUAACGAUAUCGGUACGACGCAAAUCGUGUGCGAUGAUUGUAUCGUGUAUUCCAUGCUUAACGCUCGAUGACAUCGGUCGCAAGGUUUUGGUCGUUGAAUCCGACAAUGCAGCCAAUAUCAAAGCUGCCAUUCUUACGGAACUGCAACUAACUGCACAUACCAUCAACCUUUUCGCUAAAGAUGGUUUAAAAGAUGGCAAUGCUACAACCAUUUUCAAUAAAGUCAAGAGCAUCGUUGCACAUUUCAAAAGAAGAGCCAUUGAGACGGCAAAACUUUUGGGUUACCAAAAAUCUCAAUCGGUUGCAAACCCACGGAAGCUCUUGCAGAACGUGCCCACUCGUUGGAAUUCUACCUUUUAUAUGCUAGAGAGAUUUGUAGCUUUGGAGGAAGCUGUGAAAUCAACAAUGGCCCUAUGUGAGAUGGAUUCCAGCAUAUAUCUCACGAGCGAUGAGUGGGUUGUCGUCCGCGAGCUCUGCCAAGUGCUUAAAUCACUAGAAGCUAGAAGGAGUGACGAAAUCUAUUUCGGGGGAAAAAUAUUUGACAGCGUCGCUCGUUAUCCCCCUAGUAAAUGGAAUUGUAGCGGUGUACAAGGGAUUCUCGAAAAAGCCAUACAACAUAUGCGUAAAUGCUGUAAUAGAGAAUUAGUUAAACAAAGAGUAAUUUAUUUAGUGGCCGACAAGUUUGCGGUACGAAACAUAAACAAUGCAUCCGAGGUCCUAGCGUCAACAGAAGCAGCAGCACCGAACGCAACUGCUAGGGAGUGUCAGGGAGAUGGUGAUGUCUAG